CAAGUCAGCGCAGUACCAGCCUUGGGCGCCUGCACCGACUGGGCGUUGAGCUUGCCUGCGCGCGCGUUCCCUGCCACCUUCUGCAGCAGCGCCCAUCGCCUCGACGACUCGCCAGAUUGCAAUCCACCUCACCACAUGGCGGCGCUCCACCCCCGCGAUGGCCACGCCGCCCAACAAGCCAAUCAUGACAUCUACAAGGCCAGUUCCGUCGCCGACAUCCAGGCCACCCUCCAGCACCUGAACCGCCAAGAAGCCUCCGUCACCGCCCGCCUCAACACCCUCAUCGCCUCGCAGGAGGGCCUCUCGCGCGAACUCGGCCGCCUCGACCUGCUGCGCGCCCACCUGGGCUCGCAGGUCGUCAACACUCGCGCCAUCAGCAAUGGCAUGCUCUCCGAUGCCGCCGCGACGGCCAAUCGCAUCUCGACGGCGGUCAAGCGCCUGGACAACGAGCAGUCGAACGUCAAGGCGACGCUCGAGGUGGUGGAGCAGGUCGCCGAGCUCAAGGCCUGCGUGCUGGGCGUGACGGGCUCGAUGGGCGCGCCGCAGGACUGGGAGACGGCGGCCAGCUACCUCAGCCGCGCGUCGGCCAUCCCCGCCGAUGUGGUCAACGGCAGCUUCGCCGAGGAAAACGUCCCCACGGCCGAGGUGCCCGACCCGCCCCGCGUGACGCUGGAGAACGCUGCCGAGUCGCUGUGCGGGCUAUUCCUGCGCGAGUUUGAAAAGGCCGCCAAGGACGGCGACGGCGGAGGCGUCACCCGCUUCUUCAAGCUGUUUCCCCUGAUCGGCCGCUCUGAUGUCGGCCUGGAUGCCUACGGCCGCUACGUCUGUCACGGCGUGUCGUCGCGGGCUCGCGCGAACCUCAACCCGGCGGGCGGCGCGCAGGCCAAGGACGGCUUCUUCUACGCCAAUGCCUUGACGAAGCUGUUUGAGCACAUUGCGCAGAUUGUGGGUGGGCACGAGCCGCUCGUCGAGCGCCACUACGGCGCGGGGCAGAUGGGCAAGGUCAUAGAGCGUCUCCAGAUGGAGGCGGAUGUCCAGGGAGGCAUAAUCCUCGACACCUGGCGGGAUGAGCGGAACAUCGACAGGAAGUUGACAGAUAUCAAAUCCUAUGCGUUUUCCUUUCUUGUCCAGAGCUUUCUCCCCGCUCCUCCUGGCGGGACGCCGCGCUCGGCGUCCCCGGCCAGGCGUGAUGGCUUGCCGCGAGCAAGCGAGGACGAGGGUGUAGAUAUGAAAGAAGUAGACAGCCUGCUCGGCGAGACUGCAGUCAUGCUUGGGCGCUGGUCGUUGUACACCAGGUUCCUCGCCUCCAAGACCGCUCCCCUCGAACCCGAGCUGCUGCCCGGGCAGGAAGAGCCUCCGCUCACGAUGCCCGAGUUCCUGGCUACCAGCAACCUGGCGAAGAAGGUGACGGGGUCGCUGCUCGAGCCCUUCAACAUCAUGACGACGUUCUUCUUCCGGCGGUCGGUGGAGAAGGCCUUCCAGCUGGACGAGGCGCCGACGGGCCUGACGCUGAACCCCAACAAGCCGCUGGGCUCCAGCCCGCCGUUCGUGACCUCCGCCGUCGACGACGUCAUGUACAUUGUCAACCAGGUGCUGCAGCGCGCGCUGGCGACGUCGCAGCGCGGCGUCGUGUCCAGCGUGGUGCCGACCAUUGGGCGCGUGCUGGGCUCCGACUUUGUCGGCAUGAUCCAGCGCAAGAUGCGCGACGACGUGUAUCCCAAAGCCGCGAUCGCGGGCGCGCUGCCCCCGGAAGACAAAAUCAUAGCGUUCACGGUGCUGCUCAACAACCUCGACGUCGCGACCGACUACAUCAAGCGCAUCGUCGCCUCGCACGCAGGCACCUCGCCCGCGGACGCGAACUCCGUCGCCUCCCCCACAACCACCGCUCCCCCCGCGCCCCCCGCCCACCAGCUCAGCGACCUCUUCCCCUUCGGGCACGACGCCACCUUCGUCGCCAACGCCCUCAAGACAAUGGAACACGGCAUCGAAGCCAAAACCUCCGAACUCAUCGCCGACGGCACGAGCGUCGCCUUCCACCAAGUCCUCAAACCACGCAUCCGGCCCAUCCUCGCCGACGCCUUCCGCGACAUCGACUACGCGCUGCCAGCUGACAUCCUAGCGCAAUACGCCGCGCAGCUGGAGACGGCCGACGCGCCGGACAACCCCGCGGGCGAGGCCGCCAACGCCGCCGACGACGCCGUGCGCCGCCGCUUCGAACGCGCCUGGGGCGCCCUCACCCGCCCGCUCAAACGCAUCCUCACGCCCCGCAACUUCGACCGCCUCCUCGCGGCCGGCGUCGCCUACCUCGCGCGCGCCCUCGAAAAGCGCAUCUGGGCGUGCUACGGCCGCGUCAGCGAACUCGGCGCCGUGCGCCUCGAGCGCGACGUCGCGGGCGUCGUGGGCGCGGCCGUCGCCCUCGGCGGCCGCUACGCGCUGCGCGACGCGUUUGCCCGCUGCACGCAGCUGGUCCUCGUCGCGGGCAUGGAGGACGAGGAGUGGGACGAGGUGGAGCGCGAGGCCCAGGAGGGCGUGCUCGGCGCCCAGGGCGGCGUCGUGUGGGUUGUGGAUCGCGCGGAGCGGCAGCGGGCGAGGGCGAUUGUGCGGGGGAGGGGGGCCGGCGCUUGAUCAUUCAUUGGUGGUUAGGUGGUUGGUGUAGCUCCGCUAGGUGUCUCUCGAAUCUUCUUACGACGUCUGUAUCGCUGUUGCCGCUGCUUCUUGGUAAUGGAUGUGGAUGAUGAUGAUGAUGAUGAUGAUGAUGAUGAUGAUAACAUGGGCGUGGCACUUCACGCAGUCUGUAAAAGUUCUUGAUUGGCUAUGGAUUGUGCCUUGCAUGUUUUCAUAGCCAGUGUAUCCACCACUACUUGUUUGUUGCCCGGAUGCCAUGCAGUAGGCAUACAAUGAGAGCGCUAC